GCUACAGCUAUGUCAUGAUUUGACAGUUCCAAGUCUGGCAGGUCAAGGUGGUGGUGGUGGUGGUGGUGGUGGUGGAUGACAUGACUGGCCUUGAACUUGGCUUCAAGUGGUUAGCGCCUUGCUAUUGUCUUCUGCCAGCACCACACCAGUGUUUACAUACGGAGCAUCACGUGCAUAUCAACAAAGAUGAUAUUCUGGGUGGGGGGCCAGCCAGGUGGCACGGGCGACGAAUCACAGCCUAGGGAGCGAAACACGCCUGGCACGCGUCAGUGUGCGAUUCGACCAUCCGAGCAGCAGCAUCGUGUCACUGCGGGGUCGAGAGGUGGGUGAGCAGCAAGCAGUGGAUAUGGUGGGCGAUUGUGGCAGCCGAUGGUGCCGCAUCGAGGCGUCUGCGUGCCCUCUGCAACGCGUGGACAUGGCAGCAGCAGCAGAUUGCACGGUCACCUGCCCCGCUGAUUUUCGCCCAUGGCAAACGGGUUCCGAAGAUGGCCCGAUGGGAGACUUGGGAGUCGAGGGGUCUGGACAUGGUGGUUUUGGUGCUGAGGGCGUGGGUGACAAUGGCCCCAAGCUCACGGCAUUCUCUUCUUCUUCAGCCCUGCGCGGCGUGGGCCCACCCUCUCCACCACGUCAUUGCUUCACCAUCACGCCAGCCGCCCCCAACAACGAUACGAGCCAGAUUCGUCCGACGCCGGGACGAGUCGGGAUGCGAUGGCUGCCGUGCGGUGCGCCAGGCCUACUGAUCCGCAUGCAGGUACAGGGAGUGCUAUUGUGUGCAGUCGUGGCCAAAUCAGCUGGCAGCGGCAGCGUGCAAGCGGCGGGAUGAUUGGGCGAGAGGCAUCGAGCAGCACCGGUUGACAAGGCAGGAAAACAAAGAGGCCUAAUAAAAGAGCAGGGCGCAUACGGCUUUGAGACACGGCUUAGGUCCAGUGCAGACAAGACGCACCGCUGCUGCGACAGACUUUUCCACCCGACGCCCACACGAUGCGGAAAAUGGCGGUGAAAAGCGGGCACUAGCGCCGGCCGACUCGAGCACACGCACGACGU